AUGGCGGAUGAGCUGUUCGCCGUCGCCUACAACGUCGCCGUCGCCAAGAGCAAGAACAGCGCUCCUCAGACCUACGCUUUCCCCCCUCGAGACUCGAUAGUGAGCCGGAAGCCCCCUCCCUCGCCGUGCCGCGCGUGCGGUAGUCGCAAGCAUUGGAAUCGUGACUGCCCGCACUGGCAGCAGUUCCUACUCCAGCAGAAGAAGGAAGGGUUCCUCGUCAACUCGGACCCCGAAGGGGAUCGAGCGUACAACGCGGCGUACUCGGUCGUGUCCCAGGGUUUUGAGCGGGCGGCUCCCGAAUCCUCGCUGACGAAGGCGAGCGACGAGCGUAAGACCCAGACCGAGGACCGUAAGGCGGAGGAAGACAUGGGAAAGGACCCGAAGGAAAUGAGCGACGGUAGGCGUGAGGUUUACGAGGUAAAACAUCAAAGCUUUGCGGUGACUGUAGAAGAAGUCGGCGAGGAAUACUGGUAUCGAGGCGAGAUGCUGCCGACCGACUCCCCGCACUUGCUCGAGCACGUCGAUGAGGUGAGCGAGCCGGUGAGAGAACGAUGGGGGGCGAUUAGCGAGACGCUAGCAGAGGGUGUGCGCGCUGAAGCCCUUACCACCGAACCGGCUCCCGAACCAACGGAUAGACCUCCCGACGCGGGGCGCACGCUACCCGAUCCUCGGCCCUACGAGCCCCCCAAGGUGCGGCUCAUAGCGCGAAAGAAAGUCAAGUCUCUCAGUGGAAAGGGGUCGGCCGUCCUUUGCGUUUUCGGAUUCCUGGGCUCUGAGGGGGAAGUGCGAGUCCUCCUGCGCUUCGACUCCUGCGCUAGCCUGUCGCUGAUCUCCGGGGCAACCUAUGACUCGAUGAAGAACCCGCCGCCGCUGAAGCAGGGCGCGAAGAUGCGGUUGUGGCAGCUCACUGACAAGACGGUCAGCAUUCGAGGAUAUAUUCAUCAGCCGGUGCUCAUGAGAGCAGACGACGGGACUCUGUUAGAAGCUGAAGCCGAGCUGUACGUGGUGGACGGGAUGACGGUCCCCAUCCUCUUGGGCGAAGAUUUCCAGCAGAAAUACGAGGUAUCAGUCAAUAGGAGCCUAGAGGAAGGGACGACUAUCACCUUUGGUCAACUCCCGUCGCCCAUUACCGCACAUGGAACGCAGAGGACAUCGGAUUACGACGAAGUCGAGCGCGCAUAUGGAGCCCGACGCGCCAGGGCGAGGCGAGCGACUCUCUGCGACAAUACCCUCCGCGCGGCACGUAAGGUGAUCAUUCGUCCGGAAACGGUGGUCAACAUUCCUGUCUCAGGCCCUUUUGACACGCCGGGAGAUUGGAUAGUGGAGCGGAGUCUGCUCACCUCUGGUGAACAACGCCCCUUUGCGGUCCCUAACGUGCUGCUAUCUUCGUCGCGACCGACUCUCCCGAUCGCCAACUUGUCAACGACUCCCAGAGUUAUCCAGGAAGGGGAGGCGCUAGCCACUGUCGAAAGAGCACAAGACUUCUUCGACAAGCCCAAGAGCGAUGAGGAUCUGCGUCGC